AUGCCAAAAAUUAUUUUGGCGCUUGUAAAUGAGACUACACUUCCCAAGUUUCUCACAUCUCUUCAUGGGCGCUGUGGAGUUUGGAGCAAAAAGAGCCUUUUACCGUCUACAAUAGAUUUUCAUCUUCGAGUGGUAGUCUCAUACGACUAUGAAUUCCUUACAGAAGAAGAUAAAAUCUACGAUCUCACUUGCACCUAUUCUGCCGAGAACACAUCGAUCGACGCAUAUUAUGACACAGCGUAG